CGAACAACAGAAACGGUUUCUUUCUCACUCGCUCGGUCUUUAGCCAACACUCGUAUAUGCCGGAACAAGCUUAAAAGCCGGGAGACACCAUGCUGAUGGUUCCCUCGUCUCUCUCUUAUAAAACCAUAUCUCCCACACCAAGCACUCAUUUCAGUCACAAUAAACAAAUAUUCCAAUGCUGUUCAAGUCAGAACUCGAGACAUCACAGGGCAGAGAGUGGUGGUAUAUCACAUUUUGAAGAGAAUUUGAAUCGGAGGCUUGUGAUGUUCCUUUCAGUCACAACUACUUUGUUCCCAAAUUUAUCUUCUUCUGCGAAAACAAAAAUUAAAAGUCCAUUUGAUGAAAGACGCUUGCUGGAGCAAAACAAGCGUAUACAGAAAGAAAAUAAUGUACCUGAAGACUUUCCAAGUUUCAUUAGAGAAGGUUUUCAGGUUAAGGUGGUAACUCCAGAAAACUACACAACACGUGAGUCAGGGCUUAUAUAUCGUGAUUUUGCAGUUGGUGAGGGUGAUUGCCCACAGGCUGGUCAGCAGGUUAUGUUCCACUAUGUUGGCUACAACGAGUCAGGCCGUCGCAUAGAUAGCAGCUACAAUCAAGGUGCUCCGGCCAGAAUACGCAUGGGAACAAAUGCAUUGGUCCCAGGAUUUGAAGAGGGAAUCCGUGACAUGAAACCUGGGGGCAAAAGAAGAAUAAUCAUUCCACCAGAACUUGGACCACCGGUAGGACCUUCCACCUUUUUCAGCUCAAAACAGUUUGAAGUUUUUGAUGUUGAACUGCUAAGCAUUCAAAACUGUGUAAGGAGGACCAUAGCUGCUUUUUACUCUGAUUUUGUUUGCGAAUAGAGGAUGAGGCUAGCCCCACAUUUGGGCACCCGAAAACAUUUCCUCUUCUCGAAAUGUAUUAGAGUCGGA